AUGACUGUCAUCAAUACCCUUUUGCACCGAGCAGAAAGAGUCUGCGAAACGACACAUUUGAAGGAGGAACUGAAACACCUUGAGCUAGCAUUUCGAGCCAAUGGAUUCACUAGAGGAGAAAGUAGAAGAGCCCUUCAUCUCAGAAGGUCCCAAAAUAACGAACAGAAGUCUACCCCAUCUGAACCAUUAGAGAAAGUUUUCUUAGCCUACCGACACAGAGUUACUGACCGAAUUGGAAAACUCCUUGAAAAACACAACAUCAAGACCAUUUUCAAGCCCACCACUCAACUUAGGAAUUGUUAUCGCUCGGUGAAGGACCCCCGUGACCCUUUCUCCACAUCUGGAGUUUACAAAAUUCCGUGCUCCUGUGGAUCAGUUUAUGUCGGAACUACGAACAUCAAGACACGCCUUUCUGAGCAUGUUCGUCAUUGCCGUUUAGGAAACUAUGAUAAGUCAGCCUCUGAAGAGCUUAUGGAAGAUCAAAGCUGCUGGUUAUGGAAGCCUUUACGAGUUGCUCAGUAUUUUCUUGCAAUGCUGUUUUAG